AUGUGUUUAUCUACACUUAGGGAGAAUCAGCUUUACGCAAAGUUCUCGAAGUGCGAAUUUUGGAUGGAAGAAGUGGCAUUUCUUGGCCACAUUGUGUCAAAGAAGGGAAUUUCCGUAGAUCCGUCGAAGAUAACCGCAGUGAGCGAAUGGCCUAAACCUAGGAAUGUUACUGAUAUAAGGAGUUUCUUGGGUCUAGCUGGCUACUAUAGACGUUUUGUGAAGGACUUUUCGAGGGUAGCUAAACCAAUGACUAGUCUCAUGAAGAAGGAUACGAAGUUCAUAUGGACCGAGGAGUGUGAGAAAGCCUUUAAGAAGCUUAAGGAGUUGUUGACUACAGCUCCGAUUUUGACGUUGCCAGAGGAAAAUGCCGAGUUGGAGAUUUGGCGACACUACUUAUAUGGAGUGAAGGUGAAGUUGUAUACAGAUCACAAGAGUCUGAAGUAUUUGUAUACUCAGAAAGAUUUGAAUAUGAGGCAGAGAAGAUGGUUAGAAGAAUUGUGUGACGAGUUUAGGAAGCUCAACAUUGAAGUUGUUGGGAGUAGUGGAGUGGAAGCAUGCUUAAAUGCCAUUUCAAUCCAGUCAGAAUUGAAUGAAGAAAUUUUAAAGGCUCAAGAAGGGAAUGAGGAAAUGGAGAAGAUAAAGAAGCUAUCGAGGAGAAAAAGACAAAGGAUUUAG